AUGGUGUCUGACUUUGGGUCCGCGAAGGAUCUGAGAUGUGAAGCGAAUAGACCCACGCCGUUGGCCCCACGUCCGAUGAAAAGGUCGUCUUUUGUAGGCACGGCGCAGUACGUUAGCCCGGAAGUGCUGAAUGGCGAACCAUGUACCGUAUGUUGUGACUUCUGGGCUGUCGGCUGUGUCAUCUACCAGCUGUUAUCCGGUCGACCUCCUUUUCGAGCACCGAACGAAUAUCUCAUUUUCCAGAAGAUCAAUAAACUUGAUUACACGUUUCCAGACGGGUUUCCGGAAUUGGCUGCGCUUAUAGUGAAAAGCUUUUUGAAACUGAGCGCGAGCGAACGACUCGGUAGCCCCCAACAGGGCGGCUGUAAAGCGAUAAAAGAACACCCGUUUUUCGAGACAGUCGACUGGGAAACGUUACCGGAACAGACUCCACCAGCCAUGCUGCCCUACCUCCCCAGAACGACCACCAACGACGCGUUUACUAGCACGUAUUGCGUGAGUAGCGUUCCCAUGAAAGUCCGACUGAAAGCCGAUAUGCCGGGAAGUAUAGAACCAGGUUUAGACGACAAGCAGCUUACACGACUUCUUGGACUUCACCUAGGCGACUGGAAACCUAGCUACAAUGACAUUUCACGGCUAUUGCUGUCGAAGGAGGAACGUCGAAAGCAGCUAGAUGAGCAGACAAAAAGUGUGUAUAACCGUUUCGUCGAAAAUAACGUCGUACUCAAAAGCGGUCUGUUGGACAAGCGGAAGGGUCUUUUUGCCCGUCGUCGUAUGUUUUUGCUGACAGAGGGACCGCAUCUGUACUACGUGGAUCCAGUAGCCAUGGAAUACAAAGGACAGAUUCCUUGGAGCGUUGAAUUAAGAGCGGAGGCAAAGAAUUUCAGAAUAUUUUUUGUCCAUACGCCGAAUCGAACGUAUUACUUGGAAGACCCUUCUGGUCAUGCCCCUGACUGGUGCGACAGCAUUGAGCAGGUGCGGCAGCACUACUACUGUAACAAAGCGCCAGAUAAGGAACAACAGAUGCAGACGCCAGAUGGUUCUUGA